AUGGAAGCGACUCUCAAUCGCGGUCAGGCUGCGGAGCACGGAGGCGCUGCUGCUGCUGCUGUGCAGACGGCGGGCUCAGGCGACGACACCAAGACACAUGGCGCGCAUGACGGUAGUAGCGGCAACGGCGCGCCGAGCAACGGAGGGCUGCAAUGCAGCAGCCCCGACGGCCCAGAACAACACGAGACGGCGACAACGGCGGCGGAAUCACCGACGCGAUCCUCGCCGGCGAUGACGAUGCCGCCGUACUGGCAGAACAUGCCGUCGCGCACGGCGCGCGGGCGCGCCGCCUCGGUGCAGUCCUCUGACUCCUCGGGUCGGCCGACGGGCGCCAUCUUGCUGCUCGACCACGAGGCCGACGACGACGCGCAGGACCGCAACAAUGCCUGCUGGGCCAAGAGCGUCGAGAUUGUCGACUACACGGUCGUCAACGGCGGCGCGACGAGCAUUGGGGCCUUUGUCGUGUGGAACGUGCGGGUCGAGACUCUGCAGGGAAGCUACAUGAAUGUUCGGAAGCGUUAUUCGGAAUUUGAUACGUUGCGCUACAGGCUGAUGAAGUCGUUUCCAAAUUUCGAUGCGGCGGUGCCCAGUUUGCCGCCCAAGAGCGUCAUUUCAAAAUUUCGGCCCAAGUUUUUGGAGAAGCGACGGGCGGGUUUGCAAUACUUUCUCAAGUAA